UCAGUCAAUCAACGGUCGUACACGUCGUUCAUCGAAAAACCCUCAAGACAGCCAUAAAAUACAAAAUCAACAUGCAAUUCCAAAUAUCUUUCGCUUUGAUCGCUAUGGUCGUGUGCUUCGUCGCCGCAGCCGAAGAAGCCAAAUCUGCAUCCGCCAAGUCCGUAGACACCAAGUCCGCCAGUGACCGAAGCAAACGUGGUCUGUACGCUCCACUCGUCACCUCCCCCUACGCCCCAGCAUACGCAGCACCGUACGCAGCGCCAUACACCGCCCCCUAUGCCGCCACUUACGCAGCCCCUUACGCCGCACCUUAUGUUGCACCUUAUGCAGCACCAUACGCCGCCCCAUACGUAGCAUCCCCGUACGCAGUCGCUCCGUACACUUCUUCUUAUGUAUCUUCCUACGGAGCUUACCCGUACGGUUAUGCUUCGCCAUAUGGUUUCUACUAAUCGACAACUUCAGGAUCGAUUUAUUAUUCUUACUGUUAUAUACCAGGUAUAAACCGCAAAACAACAACACAUAAAUAUAAUAAAAUAUAAUUUUGUAUUUGAAAAAAAAAAUUGAAAAAGUAAUGAACUUAUAUUAUGUUAAGCAGUCUACUGUACCUACCUAAUAGGUACUUAUUUUUUUGUAGUUAUAUUAUUAUGUAAAUAAAUAUAUU